AUGGAUGCAAUUGAAUCAGUGCAACAAGAUAUCCUUGCAUUGGAACGAGAGAUACAAAGUAUAAGAUCCCAACUUUCAGAUGCAAGGAAUAACAAAUCUAAUGCAGAUGAAAUUAAAGUUCCAGAUCUUUACAAAGAGUUUCUUUCAGAAGGAAUCAACUUUUCACGCUUGCUAAUCAGAGAGGAUGAGCAUUUCACAGACAAGGUAGUGAUUUCCCCAAACAAGAGAAUACCCAACAGCAAACAUUACCGUAAUCCAGAUCAAUCACAUUCAAUCAACUCAGCGGUACGAUCUAAUUUCACUGGUGUUGCUGCUAAGGAAAAUGUUGCAGGUUUUGAAUCGAUCAAUGAAUUUGUACGAUGGGAAAACUCUGUAAGAUUAAGCGGUGUGUCUUUGUUUCCUGUGAACUACUGUGAUAUCGAAUACAUGGGAAUUAGAUUGGAAGUGUUCAGUGAGUUAGAUCUGAGGUAUAAACUACCAUUAUAUAUUAUACUGAAACCCUCAGCUAAGAUAGUUGGUGCUUGGGAACUCUUUAAACAUAGUCUACCAAAAUAUGUUCAAAUUUAUCAUUACUGGGAACAGUGCACGGACUCAACAGAUACCAGUAACAGUAACAUCAUGAAAUUCGCUAACCUUUGUUAUAAGGAUAUAUUAAAUGUUCAUUCAAGGGUCGAAUUUUUCCACAAACUCGACAAGGCCUCAGACGACAAAACAGAAAACCAGUUUUCCCUAUUGAAGAUCGAUGAAAUGGGAUAUCACGUAUCAUUCAGACUAGGCGCUGCUAUUGUUAACAUUAUAAACAAUGAUAGAAACGAAAUUGUAAACUGUGCUAUCAACGAUCAACUUAAUAUGUCUUUUCUUGGGUCGAUUUUUGACUUACCUGGUAAGUUCGAUUUAGUCACUACAUAA